AUGCAGGGUCGAGACUACGACUCAGACGACGCCAGAGAAGACCACAAAAUGCGUCUCGUUUCAGCCCGUUUGCAAUGGGAGCAAUUCCUGAAAUCUCGGCCGAGGACGCACAGUACCAUUUCCUUGCGUUCCGGGCAGAUUGCGCCGAGUUUAUCCUUCGAAUCGCCUCAGGUGCUCCUGCCGCCGACAGACGACGCCCGAUGCCAGAGUCGCAGCGGCAGCAUAUCUUCACGAGGCUCUCGUCGGAAUAGCGCAGAUCGUCGCGGCAGCGCUGUAGGCAUCCGUAUGACACAAGCUGCUGCAUUGGCAGAGUGGGACGGCCUCUCCGGACACAAAGAACUUGUAGCACGGAUGCUUGCCACUGCUCCGGCACCUCGCCAGCUGUCGCCGUACACCGAAGAGGAAGGGGACGAUGGGUGCGUCAUCUCUGUGCCGCAGACUCAUCACCGGCCAACGCGGCAUCAAGCACGUGUGCCGUCAGAGGUCGUUCGCUACAACUCCUACGACGACGACGACGACGACGACGAGGGGGAGGAGGUGCACCAUCAUCUCCGGCACCAACGACACCACGGCCCCUCUUCGAGGAGCACAGAAUCUGAGGGCGAAAAGCAAUCAAUAUUAUCUGAAAGGGGCAUGGAGUUUUCCAGAAACAUGCGGGACUACGAGUCUCAGUUGAAAUCGCAACAGGCCGCAGCCAAGAGGAGCCACAAAAUGCGAGCAAGGCCUUCGUCCCGUGAGAAGACGCAGAAUGUCAACCACAAAAAGUCUCGACCCUGAGUCUUCGCGAAUUUUUUCGUUUCUUUUCAUCAUCCGUUUUAUUUUUUAUUUUUUUGCAUGUGUGGUACCAGUUUUCCCCGCAGAUUUUCUUUCAAGUCACUGCUCGCUCGGGUGUCCGAAAGGAUUCAUGCUGGGUAUCCUCGGCCUUGACGGAUUCUUCUCUCCCCCGGUCAACUUUUUUUUUCUCUUGCCUCCCGCAAACUCCGCCAUGUUGUCCUCGCAGAAAAAGAAAGAUAAAAAUAAUAAGCGGCAAAAAUUUUUCCCGUUUGUCUGUUUGUUUGCUUGUUUGGCUGCAGAAAAGAAAAAUCCCGUUUCGAAGCUAAUGGAGCCCGACGGGAAGAUUCUCGGGUCGCCCGAGUCGCUUUGUUUUUCGCGUGAUACUCGAAAUUGGAAAAUAUUUGUUUCUUCUGGAGACGAGGAGGACGAAUGCGUCGCAAAACGUCGGGCACUUUGGUGCUUGUUUUUUAUUGAAUGGAAAUUCCUGGUCUGUGUUGAGAAUACUCAGUGGACAUAACUGUCUUCUUCCUGUCGUUGGAAAUCCCCUACAGAACAUUUCCGAGGAUGCAAAAAACAAACUGUGUCAAAAAUUGAUUUGAAGAGGAGAAGAAAAAGCUUUUUCCUGUUUUUGGUUUUUUUUCGACUCGUACGUGCAGUUCCCGAGAAUUGCGGAACCGUAUAUUUUGUGAUGUUCUAGAAUGCGAUUUUUUACGCCCCCACGAUGUUCGAAAUCCAAGGGGAUCGCUGAUGGAGAACUUGUUGAAAGUUGGACUACGACGGCUACUGAAUGAGUCCUGCAUUUGAGCGUGUUCCUUGUGACGUGUGUCGUGAACAUGGAGGAAUGAUGAAUAAAAUAAUAUCGAUUGGCUACAA